AGGACCCUCCCACUCCUUCGUAUCUCACCGUUGUGUUCUUGUUUUUUCUCCCUACUUUUCUCCUUUCUGUUUGAAGAUGAGAGGUGUCUGUGGGCAAUUGUUAUGGGUAUUGCUGCUGAUAACGGCAACUGGCAGUAGAAUGUGUAUUAUGGCGGACUCAGAUGAGCAAUGGGUGCAGAUGGACAAGAUAAAUUUUGAUACAGGAGGCCUGAGUAGAGACAGCUUUCCCGAAGGAUUUCUCUUUGGAACUGCAACUUCUGCUUAUCAAGUUGAAGGGAUGGCUGAUAAAGAUGGUCGUGGCCCCAGUAUUUGGGAUGUUUUUGUUAAAGUUCCUGGAAUUAUUGCUGAUAAUUCGACUGGCGAGGUUUCAGUGGACCAAUAUCACCGCUACAAACAAGAUGUGGAUAUCAUGCAAAAGUUGAACUUUGAUGCAUACCGGUUCUCAAUUUCAUGGUCCAGAAUUUUCCCAUAUGGAACUGGGAAAGUAAAUUGGAAGGGUGUUGCAUACUACCAUAGGUUGAUCGACUACAUGCUCAAAAGAGGCAUUACUCCAUAUGCAAAUCUUUAUCACUAUGAUCUUCCCCUGGCACUUGAGAAGAAGUAUAAUGGACUACUGAAUCGCCAAGUAGUGAAAGACUUUGCUGAUUAUGCCGACUUUUGUUUCAAAACCUUUGGUGAUCGAGUGAAAAAUUGGAUGACAUUCAAUGAACCUAGAGUAAUUGCUGCACUUGGAUAUGAUAAUGGGUUCUUUGCUCCUGCCCGAUGCUCCAAAGCAUUUGGGAAUUGUACUGCUGGGGAUUCUGCAACUGAGCCUUAUAUUGCUGCCCAUAAUUUGAUUUUGUCUCAUGCAGCUGCAGUUCAGAGAUACCGUGAAAAGUAUCAAGAAAAGCAAAAGGGAAAAAUUGGUAUUCUGUUGGACUUUGUCUGGUAUGAACCUCUUACCAGAUCAAAAGCUGACAACUAUGCUGCUCAAAGAGCAAGAGAUUUUCAUGUUGGAUGGUUUAUUCAUCCAAUUGUCUAUGGUGAGUAUCCAAAAACAAUGCAAAACAUUGUUGGCACAAGGCUACCUAAGUUCACAAAACAAGAGGUUGAGAUGGUGAAGGGCUCAAUUGAUUUUGUGGGUAUUAACCAAUAUACCACUUAUUAUAUAAGCGAUCCUCAUCAGGCAAAACCAAAGUACCUGGGCUAUCAGCAAGACUGGGAUGCUGGAUUUGCUUAUGAAAAGAAUGGGGUGCCAGUUGGUCCAAAGGCAAAUUCUUAUUGGCUUUACAAUGUACCAUGGGGUAUGUACAAGGCUUUGACAUACAUAAAAGAGCAUUAUGGAAAUCCUACAGUGAUAUUAUCUGAAAAUGGCAUGGAUGAUCCUGGCAAUGUCACACUUCCAAAGGGAUUGCAUGAUACAACCAGGAUCAACUACUACAAGGGCUAUUUAACUCAAAUGAAGAAGGCAAUUGAUGAUGGAGCCAACGUGGUUGGGUAUUUUGCUUGGUCUUUGGUUGAUAACUUUGAAUGGAGAUCAGGCUACACUUCAAGAUUCGGCAUUGUGUAUGUUGAUUUCACAACUCUAAAGAGGUACCCGAAAAUGUCUGCCUAUUGGUUCAAGCAAAUGCUUCAGCGGAAAAAGAAUUAGUUUCUUAGUCUUUUAUUGAACUUUGGUCGUCUGUGAUAAUAAUUUGCCUUUUAGGUAGUUCAGGUUUAAUUUUUUUCUUUUUAUUUUCUAGCCUUGUGGUGUUGAAUCAAGAUAUUAUCAGUACUUUUUGGGAAUAGAAUUUUUUUCCCCUUA